AUGACACUUCGCCUUGGGUCUAUUGCACCUGACUUUGUGGCCCAAACUACAAAAGGUGAACUCAGAUUCCAUGAGUAUAUCGAUCAGCAUUGGGCUAUUAUGUUCUCCCAUCCCGCAGAUUUUACUCCUGUUUGCACAACUGAGCUCGGGUUAGUUGCUGCUCUACAGGGCGAGUUUGAUGCUCGUCAAGUCAAGAUAAUUGGUCUUUCUGCCAAUGGUCUCGAAGAGCACACUAAGUGGAUAGCAGAUAUCAAUGAACUCAGUAAUGUUCAGCUUGAAUUUCCAAUUAUUGCCGACGCCGAUCGUAAAAUUUCUGUUCUAUAUGACAUGCUCGACAAACAAGACGCCACUAACGUCGAUAAUGGUGGCUUACCGUUCACUAUCCGUUCAGUGUUUAUCAUUGACCCCAAAAAGACCAUUCGGUUAAUUAUGGCAUACCCUGCCUCAACCGGACGUAACUUUGAUGAAAUAUUGCGUGUUAUUGACUCGCUUCAGUUGGGCGACAAACAUCGAAUCACCACGCCCGGGAAUUGGAAAAGGGGCGACGAUGUUAUUGUCCAUCCUUCAGUACCAACUGAAGAAGCCAAAAAGAUAUUUCCAAAAGGUGUGCGUGUGCUUAAACCUUACUUGCGCAUGACACCCUCUCCUUUUUGA